GGUAGGGUGCUAAAUAGGUUUUCAGAUACUGGAAACUGUUAAUUUCUAUUCUAAAAACAUUUCUUGUUAAUUUCUAUUCUAAAAACAUUUCUUGAGAGAAAACAGAACACCUGGAGGGGAAUGCCUUGAAACACAGAGCCGCCGCCUAAAGUUGUUUCCCUGAUUGUGAGAGAGAGAGAGAGAGAGAGACUCCGCCUCGAAAAUGUGGUUGCGGCGUUUAACCGUGGUUGCCUACUUCGGAGCGCCGAGGGGGUCGCCCUGGUCUCCGUGCCUUCUCGGUUCCGUCCAUUCAUACUCGGACGCUCCUAGCAAGAAGUCUAAGCUUGCCCCUUUACAGGAGAGAAGGAUGAUUGACAAGUUUAGGCUGUGGGCUAAAGGAGGCCAUGGCGGCAACGGCUGCUCCAGCUUCCGCCGCAGCCGGAGUGAUCGCCGGGGCAAACCCGAUGGUGGGAAUGGUGGAAGAGGUGGUGAUGUGAUUCUAGAAUGCUCAGCAGCAGUCUGGGACUUCAGCAAUCUGCAACAUCAUGUGAAUGCAAAGAAAGGGGGGCAUGGAGCCUCUAAGAAUAUGAUAGGAAGCCGAGGAGCAGACAAGGUUGUGCAAGUACCUGUUGGCACUGCAAUUCAUCUUAUAGAGGGUGAAUUUCCAUCUUUUGUUGAGAAGUCUUCCUCGAAAGCUUUGGAUCCUUGGGAGAUACCAGGUGAACUUGAGGGUAAUGAGCUUAGUCUGUCUACAGACGAUCAACAGAAUACAAUUAUCCCCAGUUCAAAGGAGGUAUUGAAAAGAAAAUACUUUAAUGUCUCAUCUUCCUGCAUUGAAAGAAUUAACAACAAACCACCUAGCACCCUGCACAGAGUCCAGGGACCAUCAAAUGGAUCUCUUGCUCAGUCUUCUACAUUCAGCAAACAAUACAAAGCUGGCAUUGAUGAAUCUGUCUCCCACUCUGAAGAAGGCAAGAGUGAGGAUGAAGAUGUAGAAAUUGGUGACAGUAUGUCUGAGGCAGAAUGGGAAGAAGACGAGGAAGAGGAAGAGGAAGAGGAAGAGGAAGAGGAAGUGGAAGUGGAAAUAGUACAAUAUAAUGUUGCUGAAUUAAAAGAACCAGGUCAGCAAGUUGUCAUUGCUCGGGGAGGAGAGGGUGGUCUUGGUAAUGUCUCUUCUGCAAAGGUUUCUAUGGUCCGUAAACACAUGAAGCAUGGUGACCAUAAGGAUGGAGCCCCUGAAGUUGAGUUAUCAGAAGAUGAAGAUCAAUCCUCAGUUAGUGUUGGUUCACCUGGUUCAGAAGCUUUCCUAAUAUUAGAACUCAAGAGUAUAGCUGAUGUGGGCCUAGUUGGGAUGCCAAAUGCUGGUAAAAGUACUCUUCUAGGGGCCAUGUCAAGGGCUAAGCCUGCUGUGGGCCAUUAUGCCUUCACAACUCUAAGGCCAAAUAUAGGAAAUUUAAAUUAUGAUGACUUCUUCUCAAUCACCGUGGCUGACAUUCCAGGACUCAUAAAGGGUGCACAUGUGAAUCGUGGACUUGGACAUGCAUUCCUGCGACACAUAGAACGAACAAAGGUUCUAGCUUUUGUGGUAGAUUUGGCCGCUGCACUAGAUGAAAGAAAGGGGAUUCCGCCAUGGGAACAGCUGAGAGAUUUGGUAUUGGAGCUUGAAUACCAUCAAGAAGGUUUGUCGGAUAGACCCUCUGUUGUGGUAGCAAAUAAGAUUGAUGAGGAGGGUACCGAGGAUGUAUUUGAAGAACUGAAGAGAAGGGUUCAAGGUGUUCCAAUUUUUCCUGUCUGUGCCGUGCUGGAGGAGGGGAUACCAGAGUUAAAAGCAGGCCUCCGAAUGCUCGUGGAUGGGGUAGAGUCACAGAGGGUGGAUUUAGGUAGAAUUAUGGUUGACUAAGUUCUAUGCUAAUGAAGGCUACUGCAUUUUUCAUCACAACGCAGCACUGUCUGGCAGGAGGUAAGGGAGGAAGGCCUUCAUAGAAUGGAUUGCGUAUUUUUCAAAUGCAUUUGAUGUUACACCUGACACAUUAUAUGUGGGUAUUUUUUCCCAGGAUUAAAACAAGAGCCUAUUUUCCACCAAUUCAGUAGCCUUUUGAUGCUUCUAAGUAUGAUGAGCUCCAAAGAUUUCACUUGUUUAUUGAGCACUCAAUGAUUGAUGAUAUUUUGCAUGAGACCAUUGAGGUUUAAACCAUGUUGAAGACUUUCAAAGGUUGGCGUUAAGGGUUCCCUUUAAUAUCAAUUGCGAGCCUGCUUCAUGCACUUUAGGUGUGCCAAAUGUUUCACCAUUGUUCAGAUAAUUAUCAAAACCAAUAACUUUGCUACAGAGAUGGUUCUCAAAAGAGGUUACACUAUAUGGUUGUAUGAGUUUGGUGGUGUGGGUGUUACCAUGUGAUGCAAAUUUGCCUGGUGGAGAGACUUCUUGCCUCUGAUUGUUCUUGCGUGGCUAAAAGGAAUGUGAUCCUAUUGGAGAAGUGAAAGAAAUGUAAGAAAGAACUGGGAGUGGACUUAUCCACCAAACCCAUUUAAUCUUGGAUCUGGAAUGUGCUACAGUGCUGAUGUAUGAGCUUCAAUGUUAGAAGAACACUUUCAUCGGAAAUAUGUAUAAAGAAACCAUUGUCUAUAGCCUUCGUUGGCUUCACCAGAGUUUCUUUUUGGAGCAUUCUUCUAUUGCAUUUGCUAACCAGGGGCUGAGAUGGCAUUGCAUCAAUAUGUGCGGAUAAGACACCCCCAAAGAUUUCCUUUAGAUCAUAUUAAGCAAAAAAGCCUCCGAUUUUGGUUCCGAUGCUCUGCAUGUAUUGGAUCUCUAUUUUGAUUCAAAAGGUCAGAGUCUCAGACUGAAAAUUAGCCCAUUGUUAUUUAUUAUCAAUAUGCCUUCAAUGUUUGAUUUAUUUGCACAUCAGUUUGAACAAGUAGAGAUCAAUAUUUUUCCUUUUUUCUCUUUUCGUUAACAGUAGAUAACAAUAAUUUGUUUAGUUUUAUGUUUGAUCAUUUAAUAUGAGUUGAGCAUCGUGAGAAUUUUAGACA